AUGAGAAAAGUAUCAUAUAAAUACUUUGAAAAUCAUAAACAAUCAAACCUAUUCAAUUGUCUAACGUUUUACUAUCAAAUGAUUCAAACUCCUGAUAGAUCAAUAUUUAAACUUGCUACCUCAUGGAAUUUGAUUUCCAAUUCCAUAAAACAAUAA